UUGAUAUCAGGAGUAUGGUUGACGUAGAUGAAAUGCCAGAUCUCUUCCGCUCAAUAGACCUCCAUGCUCAUGCUCCUAAUUUUCCUCUACUUGAUGGACUUGAAUUAAUACCUCAGCCAGCACGUUCGUGUGAAGAUCCUCCCCUAUACCUCAGGUUGCGUAUGGGUAAACCAGUUAAUAGGAAAAUUCCCAAGUCUACACCAAUAAUGUCUUAUGGGAAGAAAAAAAUGAGGCCUGAGUAUUGGUUUGGAAUUCCUCGUAACAGAGUGGAUGAUUUGUAUAAGUUUCUGCACUUAUAGAUCCCUCACCUGUAUGGUGACCUUGAAGAUAUGGACUACAAGGCACGAGGCUAUGAAUUAGUUGAAUCUGAUACUGAGCUGUGGGAUGAAAGGAAAAGCAUAUUUGUAAAUGGCACUCUGAAGAGGACAACAAAUUUUUUAGACAGUGGCAGAGUUCUUACUGUGCAUGACUGUGAAAAAGACAGGAUUAUUAUAUAAAGGCACAGGUUCCAGCUUCUUUGAGGAGACAGACUUAUGCUGUGUUCAUCAUGGUUUUUAAAAAAACAAGGUGAAAUAUGCUUUGCAGAAUGCUGUUGCAAGGCUCGAGCACUCGCAAGUUGCUUUCAUUUAUUUGCUGUUUUGCUUCUGAUAUCAUGACACAUCGAGCUCCAUGGAAAUAAUGUAACCUUUAACUAAAUCCUAGCAGUAUGCAGAGCAAAUUUUGUGGAGCUUCAUAUCAAGUGGAACAAAGUGCAAAACUUGAUUGGCAACACAGUUUCACAUCUCGAGAGAUUAUUACCACCACUUUUUUGGUCACGAUAAUGUGCCUCUCUGCAGCAGUAUCAUAGGUUUUCAUACACCUUUUUGAGGAUUCUUACAUACAAAUGUAGCUGCCCUUGUUAAAUAUCUGUGCAUAG